CAGUGCUCUUUGAGGCCCCCAGGGCCCACUACCAAACAGACAUCCCUGCAACUAUUUCUCAUAUUUUCUUGAGUAAUCUCAUUUGCUAUUGUGCUCGUCCAAUCGCUGUACACUCCCUUGCUCGCAAAACGUUUAACUUCCCUGACAUUUUUAUUUCACCAUUAUCGUUUUUUCACACGUCUUGGCGCCAGGAAUCUUUUGGUGUUCAUGUUUUAUUUUGGGACUACACUUCGCUAUGGUUAUUCAGAAAAGGUGGCCCGCGAAUACAGCAGUAGGAUUUGAAUGAAGCGAAGACAGGCGUUGAGGAAGUAUCGAACCUGGUACCCGCUUUCCCCCUUUCUAAAGCUUGCCUUAAACUACAAUGCCGGAUAAGGCUACCGAGAAUCAGAAUCCUUCGUCUGGAAGGGUCACUUCCUUUUUAAUCGAACAUUUGUUGGGAUCUGAAAACAAGGAAGGCAAACAGCAGAAAACGGACAGGACUGUAGAUGAUGACCCCGAGGAGUCACCCUUACAAAGCGCCCUGUGUAGCGGCCAUUGCGCUGCAGUUUGCUGCCAGGUCUCAGCAGUGGCAUUCAGCACUGCCCAGCUGUACCCUCUCAGGGAAAAUAGCCGAACAUUGGAGUGGUACAGAGCCAAGGCUCCACCGACUUAUAUACGAUGCACCACUAUUCCAUACAGUAAUGAUCGCGAUUCCCCCUUCCCUCUAGAAUCGUCCGAAAGACAAGAGAGUGCCUGUAGCAAUGAAGAAGACAACCUCAGCCCUACGGACCAGAAGGAGGAACCUAGUAAUAGAGAAGAUGGUGCUGCAGAUCUCGACUCCUCGGACCCCAAAUCUGCCAGAAAGAAAAAGACCCGUACUGUAUUUAGCAGGAGCCAGGUAUUUCAGCUCGAAUCGACCUUUGACAUGAAGAGAUACCUGAGCAGCUCGGAAAGGGCGGGACUAGCAGCUUCCCUUCAUCUUACAGAAACUCAGGUGAAGAUUUGGUUCCAGAACCGCAGAAACAAAUGGAAAAGGCAGUUGGCUGCAGAUCUUGAAGCAGCAAACAUUUCCCACGCUGCGCAAAGAAUAGUGCGGGUCCCCAUUUUAUAUCAUGAGAACUCAGCACCCUGUACUAGUGCCAUAGGAUUCCCCCUGCCUCACAUGUCACCACCACUGGUGGGCUACUCUAGUUCUGUGACCUACCCCAUCACCACCUUUCCUAAUUCCGUUCCAGUUCUCAGAUCUCAGAUGACCGGUCUAGUGUGACUGAAGUGACUAGGAAAAUAUUGUGGACCGAAAAACUCCUUGAUAUGCAAUGCUUAAUUUUUUUGUUACAAGUGUUAAGUGCAAUAGAACUCUCAGGUGAUAGCAAAUUACAUUUUAAUGGUAAGAUCAGAAAUCCAUAAGGACAAGGAUGGUGUAGUCACAUCCAAUUUAACCGGAUUAAUGUAUUCUGUGAACGCUUCCCGAAAUAUCACAAGGCGAUUGUUUAUUGGUAUAGGUAUAUCACUGCGUUUAAUAAUCUGUAGUUUUAUAAUGCACAGCAAGGGGCCAACGCAAGGUAAUGCAUCAACAGGGGUUUGCUUCGCGCAUUUAUUAAUGCUGGGAUAUUCCAUCAUAUCAAUAAUACUCCUUUCACAUAUCUACAUUUUCAAUUUUCUACUUAUAACAAUACUUAUGGUUGAAAAUAAAAACAUGUAAGAGAAAUCUUUGUGGUUUGUUUUGCAAGUACUGAAACUGUGUAUUUAUGCUAUUUUGAAUAUUCCUAAUUUGAUAAAGAAACAAACAUUUAUUCCUGAUUUAUAGUUAGAAAAUAUAUAAAUUUCCACCAACACAUGCUUCUCUUUGUUUAUGCCUAAAAUUUAA